CUAACACUGCAAUUUUCCAGCCCCACAAGCCAACUCAGCUCAAGGAGCCAUCCCGGCCAGGCCACCUGUGGCCCCGCUGCUGGUCUUUCAGUGCAGUGUAGACGCACCGAGCGCGAGCCGGCGGGACUCCUGUUCCCACAUCAGAACCCUCGCUCCUCCCCCCGGUUGCCAGCGGAGGCGUCCUUGGCUGAGAGCAGCUUCAGCCUGGGGGAAGGCGAGAAGCAGCCGCCGCCAAGGAGUUAAACAGCCCGGAGCUCUGCGUUCCCGUACGGCUCCGUCUCCCGGGCUGGCCGGCCGGCGGGGUGGGCUGUUGCUGACGGAGGCAGGAGGAAAAGCCGCCGCCCGAGCCAGGGGGCUGCCCGCAGCGUCCCCGGCUUCAGACCGGAGUCAAGGCAGCAACUUCCUCGCCCCCGCCGCAGGGAGCCACCUACCGGGCGCCGCAGCGAGGCCGAGGCAGCCCCGCCUGGGCUGGCUCCGGACGGCAGCAGGCGCGGGGAGGGAUAAAGUCCCCGCGAGCAGCCUGGGGUGCGGCGCUGCCUCCAGUCACGGCGAGGUAAGGGGCCGAGAGCGGGCACCGGCGCGGCUCCUUCUCUCCGCAGCUGGGCAUUCCCGCAUCGGGCGGGCGGGCGCUCCGGGCGCCGCGUGGAUGCCUGGCUGGCUCCUGCCUUGGGCACCGCUUUUCAAGGGGGUGUCCCUGUCUCUGCUCCAGCGGUUGCGGGCUCUGGCUGCCCGGCGCCUGCAGAAGGCAUCUGCCCCCGCUGCUCUCUAAAGAGUGGCAGCCUCCCGGGGCCCCUGUUCUUUCUUUGCACCCCAGCGACAGCCUCCCCGCGCCCCCGCCUUAACUGGUCCAAGUCGAGACCAGAACCCAGCCCGGGAACUGGAGGAAAAUGUUUGCAAACUUCUCGCCCUUCGUGGGGCACGCGCUGGGGGAAUGACUGACCGCUCUACUAAAAUAUAGAAUAAUAACACAAGAAUUCCUCAACUGGGAGAGCAGCAGAGGCAGUGUUAAGCACAAGAAAUACUCCUUGUCCUGGGUGCUUCUAAUUCAGGACGCAGUGGGAAGCAAAGGAGCCAGAUACCAAAUAAAUGAUGCAAGAAAGUUUGCAUGGAAUGCCAUCCCGUUUUUGGAAAGUGUGGUGGCUAUCUAUCAAGACAAUGCAAAUGGAAAAUGGGGAAUUCAGAAAGCCAGUACAGCCUUCAUGGAUCAAAAAAUCACGCUAAUGCUGCAUCUGGUGCCAAGCAGAAGCCUUGUUCUCUGAAAAUUCACAGCAUUCAUGCUAAUGAUGAAAAGUCUUGCUCCUUGCAUGGAUGGGGACACAGCAGCAGUGGCACUAGCUACAAAUCGAGAUCACUAGCCAGAAGUUGCCUCUCUCACUUCAAGAGUAACCAGCCUUAUUCACCUAGGCUCAGUGACACAGUGGCAAAGACCUCUAAAAGCAGUAUCCAUGCCAAACACAGGACAAAUGCCUCAGGAAACUACUGCCAGGGAAGCAAUGCGGCAUUUUUUCCUGAGAAUGGUUUCCACUAUAUUGGCCUUGAAGCUGCAAGUAAUCAUGUUUCCUCCAGGGAAUGCAGUGGACAUAUUUUAAAUUGCUACGGAAAGAAUGAGAGCCUAGCAUCAACCCCACCACCAGAUGACAGGAGGAGCCCCAAAGUUCUCAUUAAAACACUGGGGAAGCUGGAUGGCUGUUUAAAGGUUGAGUUUCACAACAGUAGCAACAACAAAGUCUCCACAGAGGAAUCCAAUGGACCAGUCCAGCUGCUGAGGUACUCGCCUACUUUAGAAUCCAAAUCUAAUGAUCUGCUAGAGGUGAGGAGGAACUCCAGUACAGAUGACACUUCAAGUCAUCGUCUAUCUCCCACUGACUCAAGACUUAGAUCCAGUAAAGGAAGCUCCCUAAGCUCAGAGUCUUCAUGGUAUGACUCUCCUUGGGGCAACAAUGGGGAUAUCAAUGAGCUGGAUGGCUCCUACCUGACCAGGAGCACUCCGGAUACAAGGAUUCAUGCCAGUUUUCCCACAAAUGACAGCAAAAAGUCCUUCAACCAAAGUUCAUCUCUUUCCUCCCUCCGCGAUCUAUAUAAGGAUACAAAUUUAGAAAGCAGCCCAUCUUCAGCUCUCAGGUUGUCUGAUGAAUACAUUGGCACUCAUGCCAGCUUAAGCAACCGUGUUUCUUUUGCCUCGGACAUUGAUGUUCCCUCUAGGGUAGAACACGGAGGCCCCGCACAGUACUCUUCUUAUACCCUCCCAUGUAGAAAAUCCAAACCCCUAAAUGACGAUGCCUCCAAGAAGGAUACAUUAAAAAGCAGGAUGCGACGCCUCAGUGACUGGACAGGAAGCCUCUCUAGGAAGAAAAGAAAACUGCAGGAGCCAAAAUCCAAAGAUCUGAGUGAGUACUUUGACAGCAGAAUUGAUAACCUCGCUACGAACACUCUGGCACCUUCGCAGAUGUCUAGUUUACUGUGGUCAUCUGGCUCUGGCCACAUUCUGCCCCAGAGAAGCGAAUCCACUAAUGCGAUCAGCAGUGAUGCCCUGAGGCAGAACAUUUAUGAAAACUUCAUGAGGGAGCUGGACAUGAGCAGAGCUAACGUUGAGAAUACGGAUACAUCAACAGACACAGAGGACUCCAGCAGUGAAUCACUCAGUUCCUUAGAGCAACUGGAUCUGCUGUAUGAGAGAGAACAAGGAGUUGUGCGCAAAGCAGGGUGGCUCUUCUUCAAGCCAUUGGUAACUCUACAGAAGGAGAAAAAACUUGAGCUGGUUGCACGGAGAAAGUGGAAACAGUAUUGGAUAACACUCAAAGGUUGUACCCUGCUGUUUUAUGAGACUUAUGGCAGGAAUUCCGUGGAACAGAGCAAUUCACCAAGAUAUGCUCUGUUUGCAGAGGACAGCAUAGUGCAGUCUGUCCCUGAACAUCCCAAGAAGGAAAAUGUGUUUUGCCUCAGCAAUUCUUUUGGAGAUGUGUAUCUAUUUCAGGCAACAAGCCAGACGGACCUGGAAAACUGGAUUACAGCAAUACACUCAGCUUGUGCUUCCCUCUUUGCAAAGAAACUUGGGAAAGAGGACACUGUCAGGCUUUUGAAAAACCAGACCAAGAGCCUUAUCCAGAAGAUUGACAUGGAUAGCAAGAUGAAAAAGAUGGCAGAAUUACAGCUCUCAAUUGUCAGCGACCCAAAAAACAGGAAGGCCAUAGAGAAUCAGAUCCAGCAAUGGGAGCAGAAUCUAGAGAAAUUUAACAUGGACCUCUUCAGGAUGCGCUGCUACCUGGCGAGUCUACAAGGUGGGGAGUUACCAAACCCUAAGAGCCUUCUGGCUGCCACCAGCCGUCCUUCAAAACUGGCACUGGGGAGACUGGGCAUCUUCUCAGUCUCCUCCUUCCAUGCACUGAUCUGCUCCAGGGAUGAGGCUGCUCUCAGGAAACGAACCCUGUCUCUGUCACAGAGGGUACGAAGUAAGAAGGGCUUAUUUUCCUCGCUCAAAGGGCUAGACACUUUGGCAAGAAAAGGGAAAGAAAAACGACCUUCAGUAACUCAGAUUUUUGAUUCAACUGGGGGAAAUGGAUUUGCAGGCACACAGCUACUCCAGAAAUCAUCCAACUCUACUGAGCAGCAAGUUGAUGAAUUUUUAAACGUCUACUGCUCUGCAUCAGAAAGUGGCCAGAAAGAGAGCGCUUGGGAAAUCCAAACAUAUGUUCAUUUCUGUGAUAGGCCAGGAGUCACGUUAACCCUCAAGCCAGAACACAGAGUGGAAGAUGUUUUGUCUUCGGCAUGCAAGAUGAGGCAGCUGGAACCAAGACACUACGGUCUACAGCUUAGAAGAUUAGUUGAUGAAAACAUUGAGUAUUGUAUUCCUGAAGCAUAUGAAUACAUACAAGAUCAGAUAUACGAUGAAAUAGAAAUUUUUCCUUUAAAUGUUUACCAUGUACAUCUUACUAAGACUGAGAAUAUACCUGAUUUUGGGUUUGCGGUCACAGCUCAAGUUGUUGAAAACCAGCAUCUUACUCAUAUAUUCAUAAGUGAUGUCCUUCCAGAUGGACUGGCUUACAAAGAAGGGCUGAGAGUGGGCAAUGAAAUCUUGAUGAUCAACAGAGAGGCUGUGUCUGAUCUUGACCUCAGGCAGAUGGAGUUAUUGUUUUCUGAGAGAAGUGUCACGCUCACGGUGAGAGCAAGUCAUUAUGGCCCUAAGCGAGCAUUAUGUACGUCGUGGUCAGAUGGCGACAUUUCCAGGGACCCGAAAAGCUUGUUACCCCCUCCUAACCAGUCUCAGCUACUGGAAGAAUUUCUGGAUAAUUUCAAAAAGAACACAGCAAAUGAUUUUAGCAAUGUGCCUGAUGUCACCGCUGGUCUGAAGAGGAGCAGUACUGAUGGCACUUUGGACCAAGUGCCACACAGGCAGAAGACUGACCCACCUUUCAGGAGCACCGAACAAAUCACUACAUUGUGUCAGAAUUUUCCUGAAGUCCAGGCAAACGGCAUGGAAGGACAAAAGGACAGCCAAGAUCUACCCCUGAGACCACUGGUACGAGCCCUGUCUGAUGCAGAUAGGUUGAGAAAGGUCAUCCAAGAACUUAUGGACACUGAGAAAUCAUAUGUCAAGGAUUUGAGUUGCCUUUUUGAGUUAUACUUGGAACCCCUUCAAAAUGAGACUUUCCUUACCCAAGAUGAGAUGGAGUCAUUGUUUGGCAGUCUGCCAGAAAUGCUGAAUUUCCAGAAGGUGUUUUUGGAGACCCUGGAAGAUGGAAUUUCUUCCUCCUCAGAUUUUAACACACUGGAAACCCCAUCCCAGUUUCGGAAACUGUUGUUUUCACUCGGAGGUUCUUUCCUGUAUUAUGCUGACCACUUCAAACUGUACAGUGGAUUCUGUGCAAACCACAUAAAAGUUCAGAAAGUCCUUGAGCGAGCCAAAACAGAUAAAGCUUUUAAGGCCUUUCUGGAUGCACGGAACCCCACGAAACAGCAUUCUUCUACGCUGGAGUCGUAUCUCAUCAAGCCUGUCCAGAGAGUGCUGAAGUACCCCUUGCUCCUGAAGGAGCUGGUGUCCCUGACAGAUAAUGAGAGUGAGGAGCAUUAUCAUCUGACAGAGGCGCUGAAGGCAAUGGAAAAAGUAGCCAGUCACAUCAAUGAGAUGCAGAAGAUAUAUGAGGACUAUGGUACCGUGUUUGACCAACUGGUUGCAGAUCAGAGUGGAACAGAGAAGGAGGUCACAGAACUUUCAAUGGGAGAACUUCUGAUGCACUCUGCUGUUUCCUGGUUGAAUCCUUUCCCAUCACUGGGCAAAGCAAGAAAAGACCUGGAACUUACAGUGUUUGUUUUUAAGCGGGCCGUCAUACUGGUAUAUAAGGAGAACUGCAAACUGAAAAAGAAACUGCCCAAUAAUGUACGGGCCGCACAUAAUUAUGGCGACUUGGAUCCAUUUAAAUUUCGUUGGCUAAUUCCUUUAUCUGCUCUUCAAGUCCGGCUGGGGAAUACAGCAGGAACAGAAAACAAUUGCAUCUGGGAACUGAUUCAUACGAAGUCAGAAAUAGAAGGCAGGCCAGAAACAAUCUUUCAGUUGUGCAGCAGCGACUGUGAAAGCAAGACUAACAUUGUUAAGGUGAUUCGUUCCAUUCUGCGGGAGAACUUCAGACGUCACAUAAAAUGUGAGUCGCCAUUGGAGAAAACGUGUAAAGAUCGCCUAGUUCCACUCAAGAACCGCAUUCCUGUUUCAGCCAAACUGGCUUCCACAAGAUCCCUAAAGGUACUGAAGAAUUCCUCCAGUAAUGAGUGGAAUGAUGAUACAGGGAAAGGAAACUUACUGGAUUCUGAUGAAUGCAGCCUGAGUAGCAGUACUCAGAGUAGCAGCUGCCAUACCACAGAAAGCAUACAGGAAUCCAAAAAUUCAUCUCCUAUGAAACACUUUCCGAGCUGCACAUCCGAUUUUUCAAACAGCCUUGUCAAGGAAUCUGAUAUUCUCAGUGAUGAUGAGGAUGACUAUCAGCAGAGCUUAAAGAAGGGCAGCCCUACAAGAGACAUUGAAAUACAGUUCCAGCGGCUGAAGAUUUCAGAGGAGCCUAGUGCUGACACAGAGCACAAGCCGCUCGCUGAAAAAGAGGCUGGGGAUGGUUAUAAGGCAGGAGAACAUCCAAAGCUGGUGCGUGGGCAUUUCUGUCCAAUUAAACGAAAAGCAAACAGUACAAAGCAUAACAAGGGAACGUUACUGGCAAUGCAAGAACACCACCAUUCUCUUGACAGUCACUCUGACAGUGCAAACUUGGAUCUGAAUUCUAUUUUAGAGAGGGAAUUUAGUGUCCAGAGUUUAGCUUCUGUAGUUAAUGAGGACUGCUUUUAUGAAACAGUGGAGAGGCAUGGAAAAUCCUAGCUGUGAGUGUGCUAUAUGAUUUAACAGGUUAUUUAACAUUUUAAUGUCCACAUAAAAUUUGACUUACUUGAUUUGCUUUAAAACUAGUGAUUAUGUGGAAAUUGCUGAAAAACUACUGUUGGUUUUGUGCACUAAUACAUUUUUCCACAAAAAUAUAGUUGUAAAGGAUUCUUAAGUUAUUUUAAUUUAUUGUGGAUCAAAAAAAAAAUAGAUUAAGCUGGCCAGAGUCUGUAAAUUAGUUUAUCCCUUUUGAGCAGUUAGCAAGAUGAUGUUGUGUCCUUUAAAAAGGUGCAUUCUAAUUAUUUUAAGUUAUGUGGAAAAGAUGCUGGAGGAAUUGUGAUCUUAUAGCUUUAUUAAAAGAAAAAGUCAAAACAACUUUUCCUUUGGGCAUUUUUUCAGCAGUUUUAAUUUUUGCUUUAUUUAAAGCAGAAUUAAGUUAUUUUAAGGAGUGUAGGAGUCAUUUUUGUAAGUUGCAAGAUGCUGUUAACUUUAUAUAUAUGUAAAUAUAAACAAAGCUUGUACUGUAAUCUUUUAUUUGAUUGUAUUUUUAUUUUCUCUACCAACUUGUACAGUAAAAGGAAAAUGAGCAUUA